UAAUCAUUAUAGGAAGUGCAGAUUAGAAACUUUUCGUCUCAAAUAUUCGCAAAUGUUUUAUUUCAUUAUACUAUUGAUGUAUAAUUUGAUGCAAAUACGAACUCAAGAACUAUUCAACUGCGCGUGUUCAGUAUUCUUCAAAACCAGAAUCGUCUAUAAAUACGACAAGACGAAGGACAAAGAACGGACUUUUCAGACCAUAGUCAAUAUACGAGGGUUGGUGAAGAAGUAGCUGUGUACACGUGGUGAAUUUGAAGAAAUAGACGAAAGAUGGGUGAUACAAAUGAUAUCUCACUUGAGGAUGGUAUGUCCGCAGAAGAGAUGAUUUCAAAAGGAAAUGGAUUGACUUAUAACGACUUUAUUAUACUACCAGGAUUCAUCGAUUUCUCCCCAGAUCAAGUGGAUCUCACUUCUCCCUUGACCAGAAAAAUAAACUUGAAAACACCCCUAGUAUCGUCUCCGAUGGAUACUGUAACAGAGGCAGAUAUGGCUAUAGCCAUGGCGUUGUGUGGUGGAAUUGGAAUUAUUCACCACAAUUGUCUUCCGUCCUAUCAGGCGAAUGAGGUGUUGAAAGUGAAGAAAUACAAACACGGUUUCAUUUUAGAUCCAGUGGUCUUAUCGCCAACAAAUACGGUUGCAGAUGUCCUUGAAGUCAAAAGAGAUAAGGGUUUCUGCGGUAUCCCGAUAACUGAUAAUGGAAAACUGGGAGGCAAACUCGUUGGAAUAGUCACAUCCAGAGACCUUGACUUUUUGGACGAAAAAAAUGGACAUGGUAUAAAGUUAGAGGAAAUAAUGACAAAGCUAGAAAAGUUAGUGACAGCGCAAGCUGGUGUUACUUUAACCGAAGCUAAUUCAAUAUUGGAAAAGAGCAAGAAGGCCAAACUACCCAUAGUAAACGCCCAAGGAAACUUGGUCGCUUUGAUGGCUAGAACCGAUCUGAAAAAAGCCCGCAGUUACCCUAUUGCUUCGAAAGACGACAAUAAACAAUUAAUUGUUGGCGCCGCUGUUGGAACUAGGGAAGAAGACAAACAAAGGUUGGGUCUAUUAGUACAAGCCGGAGUAGACGUCGUGGUUCUAGACUCCUCCCAAGGAAACUCGACCUACCAAAUCGAAAUGAUAAAAUUCAUUAAGGAAACUUACCCUAAUUUACAGAUCAUAGGAGGAAACGUUGUCACCAUCAAGCAGGCUAAAAACCUCAUCGAUGCUGGGGUAGAUGGUUUGAGAGUGGGCAUGGGAAGUGGUAGUAUUUGUAUAACCCAAGAAGUUAUGGCUGUAGGUAGACCGCAAGCAACAGCCGUUUAUAAGGUAGCCCAAUACGCUAGGAAUUUUGGAGUUCCAGUGAUAGCUGACGGGGGAAUUGGCUCUAUUGGGCAGAUAAUGAAGGCUUUAGCACUGGGAGCAUCAACGGUAAUGAUGGGUUCUCUACUUGCUGGAACUUCAGAAGCGCCUGGUGAGUAUUUCUCUUGCGACGGGGUGAGACUGAAGAAGUACAGAGGGAUGGGAAGCAUCGAAGCAAUGGACAGAAGGGAUGCUAUGGGCUCUGCAAUGAGUAGAUAUUUCCACGGCGAAGUUGAUAAGAUCAAAGUAGCCCAAGGAGUAAGCGGUAAUAUAGUAGACAAAGGCUCUAUAUUGAGGUUUGUUCCAUAUCUGCAGUGCGGUAUACGACACAGUUGUCAAGAUAUUGGUACAAGAUCCUUGAACAAUUUGAGGCAAAUGAUGUACAACAAAGAGUUGAGAUUUGAGCUGAGGACUGGAUCGGCUCAGUUGGAGGGUAAUGUACACGGUUUGUUCUCUUACGAAAAGAGGUUAUUUUGAAGA